UGUUUCUUUAAGGAAGCAGAAAGCCAUUUUCCGUUAUCUGUUCUCUUUCAUUCAACGCUCGUUUUCUCUUUCUAUAUCUAUCCCUCUUUCUCUCUCUCUCUCUAAAUUCCUGUGACACUCUUCUCUCCUAUCGAAUUAGGGUUUUCCUCCUAUUCUUCCGAGUCGACUCAGUUGCAGCAGCAGCACCAGCCAUGAUUUCCGAUGGAAUCUCCAACCCUGCGAUCCCCAUGGCGUCUUCCAACCCUAGGGAUUUCGCCAAGAAAAAGAGAGCUAAUCGUUCGGCCAAGUUGAAGCAGUGCAAGCUUGAUGCUCGUCGUGAGCAAUGGCUUUCACAAGUUAAGAGUAAGGGUGCCAAGGAGGAGUUGAAUGGUGGAGGUGGGACUUGUGGUAGUGGGAUGGAUGCUGCCAAUGAGAAGGGCCAAGUGUUACAGAAAUUAGAGAUCAAGUCAGAAGGGGAAGAAGACAAUGGUGGACUCGUGCAAGAUCACCACAACACUGACUUGCCUGUCUUGGAAGGGAGUGAUUCCGGAACAAACUUUACUGGGAGCAACGGUAGCACUAGCUGUAGCAGUGGUGGGUGUUGUUCAAGGAGCAUGAGUGAAGAAGAUGAGGAGCGGGAUGAUGUGUGCUUUGAUGAUUGGGAGGCUGUAGCUGAUGCUCUGGCUAUCACAGAUAAGAAGCAGGAGCAGCCUACUAGGCCAUGUUUGGAUGAUAGAAACGACAAUGUUGUGCAUUUAAGUUCACAAUCAGAGUUGUCUAGCUGCCAGGUUUCAGAUGUCGAUAUAUCAAAGUCAAAGCUAGAGAGUGGAGGUUUGGCACCUGGACUUCCUAAGAUUUGCCAAGCAUGGAGGCCUGAUGAUGCAUUCCGUCCUCAGAGUCUUCCCAAUUUGUCCAAGCAGUAUAGUUUUCCUCUGAACUCAGGACGGCAUUUCCGCGGAGGGUCUGUUUGGGGGCGUAAGAACUUGUCCGUACCCACAUCAUGCCCCAUAUGCUAUGAAGAUUUGGAUCUCACAGACACAAGUUUUCUACCUUGUUCAUGCGGAUUUAGGCUCUGCCUCUUCUGUCACAAGAGGAUUCUUGAGGAGGAUGGGCGCUGUCCUGGUUGCAGGAAGCAGUACAACCAAGAUCCCGUUGAUGGAGAGGCAACCAUGGAUGGUGGCUGCCUGGCAGUCCGAUUGGCUCGUUCUUGCAGCAUGAUCUCAAGGUCCUAAAAGUACUAUAUUCCCCAUAAACAUAUAUGUCAGGUCCCUAUUUCUUUGUGGAUUGAGUGUGUUCUUGUUAUACUCAGAUUUUUUGUAGUAGCAUGAUGUUGAUAUAGAAACAUCAUUCUGAGCACAUGAGGAAAUAUUCUAGUUCUCUUAUGGUUCUAGUGCAUGAUAUAUGGUGCAUCUGUGCUAUUGUAGAAGGAUUGCUAUGUGAAUAUAUAUGGUGGUAUAGAAAUUUAGUACAUUGAAUCUGAUAAAAAUAAAGAUACAACUUUGUCCA